AUGCCCAGCAAGGAAGAAAGCAUGGGCGGCCAGACUUCAUUUAGUUCUUCUGAAGAUACAUCACCUUUGGGAGAAAAGGCCGCGUAUACUCCGCCGGAAGAUACACAACAGGACGGGUCAUCCGAGACAUCUGAAGUCUCUAUGGUCGUUCACAAUGAAUCCAUCAGCGAGGAUGUCGCCCCGCCUAAAAUCUUAUUAAACGACGGUCCGGCACAGAACGUACCGGACUAUACGAUUGAUAACUCGCGGGUCGCUUCCUACGUUACCGAAUGUCAGGCCGACCACUCCCGCCUGUUCGAAGCCAAGCACAACAACUGCAAUGUCAUCGAAGACAGACAGACGGAGAUGGCGGCACGCCUGAUUACCAUCAUGAGGCCGCUUGAAGGUUUCGCCGGCCUAUACCCUGCCACGAUUCUCGAGGCGACGGAGGAAUUGAUCGAUUAA